GUCACUCCGGGCUCCUCCCCUUAUGUGUUUUGCUACAUACCGGCCGCAGUCUGGGCAGAGUCCACGCAGAUCACAGACAGGAAACCACAGCCGGCAUCUGACAGGUUCGUUGGGUUGGAGGAGAAUGCUUCUACCGGUGACCGCGGUGCUCGGGGUCCUCCUGGUCGCCAGCGCUUUGCCCAUCGAUGACCCAGAAGACAGCGGCAAGCACUGGGUGUUACUUGUGGCCGGAUCCAGAGGAUGGUAUAACUACAGACAUCAGGCCGACGUGUGUCACGCCUACCAGAUCGUCAAGAGGAACGGCAUUCCGGAUGAACAGAUCGUCGUUAUGAUGUACGAUGACAUCGCGAACGACACCGAAAAUCCAACCAAAGGCGUUAUCAUUAACCGCCCCAACGGGACUAACGUGUAUGAAGGCGUCCUGAAGGACUACACCGGGGAGGACGUGACCCCCGAAAACUUCCUCGCUGUUCUAAAAGGAGACGCCGAAGCGGUGAAAGGAACAGGAUCAGGAAAAGUCAUUAAUAGCGGCCCCGAUGACCACGUGUUUGUGUACUUCACGGACCACGGAGCCGAGGGAUUGCUGGCCUUCCCCGAUGACGAUCUUUACGCCAAAAAUCUGUCUGAAACCAUUCAGUAUAUGUACGAGAAUAAAAAGUACAGAAAGAUGGUGUUUUACAUCGAGGCCUGUGAAUCCGGUUCUAUGAUGGAGCACCUUCCCAACAGCAUUGACGUUUACGCGACCACAGCGGCCAAUCCCCACGAGUCGUCCUACGCCUGUUACUUUGACAAGGAGCGGGACACGUACCUGGGGGACCUGUACAGCGUCAGCUGGAUGGAAGACUCCGACGUGGAGGAUCUGACCAAAGAAACUCUUCACAAGCAGUUUAAGCUGGUGAAGAAACACACAAACUCCAGCCACGUCAUGCAGUACGGCAACAAGACUCUCUCCAUGAUGAAGGUGAAGCAGUUCCAGGGAAGCAACAAAAACAUUUCCCCCCCGAUGAAGAUGGAGCCCCCCGUGGGAAAUCUCGACCUGACCCCGAGCCCCGAGGUGCCCAUGGCCAUCCUGAAGAGAAAACUCAUGGCCGCCAACAACGUUCUGGAGGCCAGGAAAAUCGUGUCGGAGAUCAGAUCUCUCCAAGAGGCCAAGGAAUUGAUCCAAGAAUCUAUGAAGAAGAUCGUGAACCUGGUAACGGACGCCAACGAGCUGAGCGAGGAUCUCCUGAACGAUCAGGUCCCACUCAAGGACCACGACUGCUACAUCGGUGCCGCCGAACACUUCAAACACCGGUGCUUUAACUGGCACUCCCCGCUGUAUGAAUACGCCAUGAGGCAGCUCUACGUUUUGGCCAAUCUGUGUGAAGCUGGAUACCCGUUGGAAAGAAUCCAGGGGUCCAUGGAUAAGGUCUGCCGGGGCUGGUACUGAUAGGGAGACCGUCCUCCCGGACCACCGAUCGAGUGCGGACCCUCACCGGCUGCUGCUAAAAUCAUCACAGACAUAACCCUUCAAGUACACGGCAUGCAAGGGGUUAAAAACAACCAGUCCUAAAUUAAUUUUAAGUUCUUUUACAGGGGCUGGGACCACUGAACCGGCGUAAACCAAAGCGGGGGGCUAUUGGGAAUACACUAUAGUCAGCUGG